AUGGCCUUCAAGAGGCUUCACGACGAGGUCGACGGCGCGAGCCCAGGUCACCAGCAGGAUUCGGCAGGCGGCGACUCGGGCCCGUCGACAAAAAGGUUCAAGGCCGGUGGCAAGAGCAGGCACAGGGCCAAGGAGGGCACCAUCGAGUACGCUAAGAAGAGGUCGCGCGCCAUCGAGCGCCUGUUCCAGAAGAAGGCCGACCUUCCGGCCCAGGUGCGCAACGAUCUCGAGCGAGAGCUGGCCACGCACAAGGCCACUGUUUACGACAAGUCGUUCCAGAAGAAGCGCAGUGCCAUGAUCUCCAAGUACCACAUGGUGCGAUUCUUCGGUAUGCCCUUCCGAUAUCGGAGCAGAAUGGAGGAAGAAGGAAGACUGGAGGAUGACGAGGGAGUGCCCCACGAGACUAACAUAGCCGGGACAGAACGGAAAAAGGCCAUGCGACUGGCCAAGCAGGUGAAGAAGAAGAUCGCCGAGACGACAGACGCCCAAGAGCUGGAGAAGUUGCGUUCCCAACUUCACGUGGCCGAGGUAGACGAGGCCUACGCCGUCAACCACCCCCACACCGAACCCUACAUAAGCAUUUACGGGAAGUCGGAGAAGAAGGAUGGCAACGACGCCGACGACAACGACAAGGAUGACGAGGCGACGGCGCCAACUACGACGACGUCGACCUUGACCAAGAUCUCCCUCGACGCCACUCAGCGACCUCCACUGUGGAGCACGGUCGAGAAGGCCAUGAAGGACGGUCCCGACGCCCUGAGGAGGUUGAGGGAACGGCGUCCGGAGAUGGAGGCUACCGCCACUGCUGGCGGCAAGCAAGACAAGAACAACAGAAACAGCAACAGCAACGAUAACAACAAGAGGAAGAAGAACCAAGCGCGCGGCGCAAACGCAACACCCAAGCCUACAAGGCCUGAUGGCAAGGCGGCGUCGGCGGUCGGCGCAAAUACCCAGGCCGCCACGACGAGUAACGGCAAGACGCCGCCGGCACAGAUGAACCGCAGGGAGAGGAGACGACUCAUGCGUGAGACUGAGGCCAAGAAGGACGAGGACGACGGUGAGGGCUUCUUUGACAUGUGA